UGAAAUUUUAUUCGACUACGUUGGUAGUGACAUCCACGUAUCUAGUGGACGGCUGUCAAAAGGUUGGGUGUUAUUUUGAGUAUUUUGGUGUCUUUUCGAUCCGUAGAGUAGCCUUUUGGCACUCAAGUCAAAGAAAAAUGGUGACGCUGCUGAAUACCGUUGACACCGGCCAUGAAGAUAUGAUACAUGAUGUGCAAAUGGACUACUAUGGGCUGCGGUUAGCGACGUGCUCCUCGGACAAUUCGGUGAAGGUUUUCGAUGUUAAAAAUGGAACACAGACUCUCACCGCCGACUUGAAAGGACAUUAUGGACCCGUCUGGCAAAUAGCGUGGUCUCAUCCCAAAUUUGGAAACCUCCUUGCCUCCUGCUCGUACGACAGGAAGGUUAUCAUCUGGCAGCAGAGUGGCGAGUGGUCUAAAGUUUACGAAUACAGUGGCCACGAUUCUUCUGUCAACUCUGUUGCUUGGGCCCCUCACGAAUUUGGCCUGAUAUUAGCUUGUGGAAGUGCUGAUGGCUCUGUGUCAAUCCUCUACAAUAGUCCUGAGACUGGAACAUGGGAAGCAAGAAAAAUCCCUGGCGCCCACACCAUUGGUUGCAACGCUGUGAGUUGGUGCCCAGCUGCAACGCCCAACCCUGCGUUCGACUCAUCUGCUAAGGAGCGUCAGCCUUUAGUCAAGAGAUUAGUUACUGGAGGAUGUGAUAAUCUUGUGAAGAUUUGGAAAGAAGAGGGAGACCGCUGGGUCGAAGUGAGCAAGCUAGAAGUCCAUUCCGAUUGGGUUCGAGACGUUGCGUGGGCACCAUCUAUUGGACUCCCCAAAUCAACUAUUGCCAGCUGUUCUCAAGAUCGAAGAGUUGUCAUCUGGAGCAGCGAAGACAAUGUUAACUGGAUUCCCUAUACCUUGCAUACAUUUGAUGAUGUUGUUUGGAGUCUCAGUUGGUCAUUGACUGGAAACAUUUUAGCUGUAUCUGGUGGAGAUAACAAUGUUAGCUUAUGGAAGGAAAACAAUGAAGGGCAAUGGAUUCGUAUUGAUGGUAAAAAUAAAGAGCAGGGCCAGUUGACUGGAAACGAGCAGAGAGAAAUGUAAAUUGUCACCUAGCAUUUUGUCUUACGAGAAAAAAAUUGUACCAAAAUAUUCAUUAUGUUGCAUUCACUGUACGCCAUUUAACUUUGUAUUUUGGUCUUUAUUUUGUAAAUACAUUCUAAGAAUUUCAGCCGUGUUAUUAUUUUAAUUUUACUUUAUAAAUGACUGUUACUGUUCUUUCCUUUCCUAUUCUUUUUCAAGAACUCAUUCAAAUAAAAAUGGGAUAAAAUAAAAGCAA